ACAGACAAGCUGAGCCCAGCCACAGUCUCGGGUGCGGCUUCACAACUAACAACACCUGCCGGAGUCGAGGGGUCUGCUGCUGCUUCACGGCUUGAGAAAAUGGCAGAGCAACUCGUCUCCAUUACAACUGCUGCUCUUGGACGGCCAUUCCAGUUGGGGAUGCUUUAUGACUGUCGCAGUGAUCAGCUUGUCCCAGGGGUGACACUCUGGAGUAAGUCCAACCUGGAGAAAGACAUCAGCGUUAAAUCACAACGUCUUACGGAGUAUUCACUGGAGACCUCCAACUCUCUGACUGAUAAGUCCAAGGCACUUGAAAUAAACGCAUCAUUGAGGGGGAGUUUUGCUUGCGGCCUUGUAAAGGUUGAGGGUUCAGCCAAGUACCUGUACAACAGCAGCUCCUCCAAGAAUCAAGCUAGGGUGACCCUGAAUUACUUCAUGACCACCGUGUUUAAGCAGUUGACAAUGAGUCAGCUCAGUAGAAACAACGUCACAUAUGAAGAAGUGUUCAGGCAGGGGACAGCGACUCAUGUGGUUACGGCGAUUCUGUAUGGAGCUCGGGCCCUCAUGGUGUUUGACAGAGAUGUUUCAAAAGAUGAAUCUACUCACACCAUUGCAGGAGAAUUAAAAGCAUCGAUAGAGAAAAUCCCAAAGUUAGUCAUUCAUGGCAAAGGAUCACUGGACUUGUCUGCUAAAGAGAAGGAAGAAGCUGAAAAAAUCCGGUGCACUUUCCAUGGAGACUUUUAUAUUCGUGAACUUCCAGUUGACUAUUUAACAUCCCUGGAUGUGUACAAGAAACUGCCCACUUUCCUGGGUGAAGAUGGUGAGCAUGCAGUUCCCGUCACUGUGUGGCUGUACCCGCUCAGUCUGCUGGACUCCAGCGCUGCCAGGCUGAUGUAUGAGAUCAGUACUGACCUGGUCACCCAGGCAGAGCGUGUGCUGGACUCUUUACUAGAGGCAAUGGUGAUGUGUGAUUAUCUUUUAACAGAUCCCACAGUCAAGAUCUUCUACAACAUAGAAAAGAAAAUCAGUAAAUUCAAAACUCUGAUUGAGAGGUACAAGCUGUACUUUCAAAAGAGGUUUGCUCAGAUUUUGCCAUCAGUUCGGGGAGGAACAACAAAUGCAACUGCACUUGGUGACAUCCUUGAGGCACACCGGACAUCACCAUUCAGUCAGCACAAGUUAGAGGGCUGGCUGUGCUCACUGCAGACCGAGAUUAGGGUGAUUGAGGCCGUGAUUAAGGGUAUGGAAGACAGCAAUGUAUCACUUCUAACUGGAAGGUUUGAUACAAUAGAGCCUUUGAUUUUUAAGCCAAACAUUAACUACAUUGUGAACUUCAAUUUGAACUUGUUAAGCAAAAAAAGCAAAAGUUUAAACACAAUGGAAAAUUAUUUUAUAUCUGAAGAUCAAAAUAGUAUUAGAAUUACUGAUAUGAAGAACAAUGACGAGUGGGUACAUUCACAGGCAGACUGUGACAAAAUACGACUGAGAAGACAACUGUUUCUUGAUUUUGCAAGUAACAACCAACAGAAUGAAUCCAUCAAGUUUGUGGUUACUAGCAGGCCUGUUGAGACACAAGAAAGCAGUUCAGUUCUCUUGUAUUGUAAAGGGGAGCUGCGUAGUUCAGACUUUGAGCCCCCUUCAACUCCAGAUGUUCCUAAAGUAUUAAAAACAUCGAGUCAAUCAGCAGAAAUAGAGCUCUCCCUCCCGCCUCAUGGAUCAAAUGAGACAAUAAAGUACCUGGUGCAGUUCAGAAAACACACUGAGAGACAGUGGAGGUCACAGGUGACGAGAGACACAGAGAAAUGUUGCACUCUGGAAGGUCUUCAGAGGUCUACACAGUAUGACGUGAGAUAUGCAGCCGUCUGUGAGGCCGGAAUGGGACCUCCUAGUGAAAUCAUCUCUGUGAAGACUGGAGAACCAGAAUCAGCCAGCUGCUGCUGUGAACAACUGGAGGAACUUGACCUGUCACUUAAAAAUAUCACUGAAGACUUCAUGAAAAUACUGGCUCUAACACUCCACCUCUACAGACGUGUCAGCCUGUCUGAAUGUGAUCUCACCUCCAGAUGUUCCUCAGCUCUCUCCUCAGCUCUUUCUGCUCCACACUCACGACUGACUGAACUGAACCUGAGAAAAAACAACAACAUGGAGGAUUCAGGAGUGGAUCAGCUGUGUGAGGGGCUGAGGAGUGAAAACUGCAAAUUAGAGAAACUGAGCCUGCCUUCUUGUGGUCUCACCUCCAGAUGUUGCUCAGCUCUCUCCUCAGCUCUUUCUGCUCCACAAUCACGACUGACUGAACUGGACCUGAGGGACAACAACAUGGAGGAUUCAGGAGUGGAUCAGCUGUGUGAGGGGCUGAGGAGUGAAAACUGCAAAUUAGAGAAACUGACGCUGCAUGGUAAUGAGGUCAGUGAGAGUGAGAAGAAGAACCUGAGGUCACUACAGGAGGAGCUGAAUAGGACUGGACGGCAGGUGAAUAUCGACAUAUGAGAAGACUGGACAUGCUGAUCAACUGACCCCAGUGAUGAUGCCCCCUGUCCACUCUCUCUGAAUUCUUCUCUUUAUUCUUUUAUAAUCUCCUCAGCUCUCCUCCACAUUUAAUAAACUCUCCUUGUCUUCUU